AUGGGCAAAUGGAAGGGCAGCCGUGGUGGGAGGAAGAAGAGGGAAGAUAAGGCACCGGCCGCUGGAGCGGAAGGCGCUGAUGGAGUGAAGAAGGAGGCGGUCUGGUUCAAUCUCGGCGAGCCCAAGGCAUCGUGGACUGUCGAGAAGAAGAACGCCCUGUUCGAAGACUACUACCGCAAGGUGCUCGGCUUUGAUCGCACUGAUGGCGAGGCCGAACUCGAGCAGGACUGGCAGCUGCUGCUCGAGACGAUGCGCAAGGAUCUCCCCACGACCAUCCGCGUCACAUCGUCCUCGCCAUUCGAGCCUCUGAUGACGGCCAAGAUCGUUGAGUUCUUCCGUCCUGGCAUGGCUGAGGCCGCGUCUCACAUCGAGGACGAGGCCUUUUCCUUCGAGCGCAUCCCUUGGUACCCUGGAGGCCUGGCGUGGCAGCUUAGCGCCGGACGCAAGGAGAUGAGGAAAUCACCCAUCUUCAAUCGCUUCCGUAAAUUCCUCGUCGCACAGACCGAGAACGGCAAUGUGUCGCGUCAGGAGGCCGUGAGCAUGCUCCCUCCUCUGUUCCUCGACGUCAAGGGCCACCACUGGGUCCUCGACAUGUGCGCUUCGCCCGGCUCCAAGACGGCACAGAUGCUCGAGACCAUGCACAAGGACGCCAACAGCACCAACCCGACUGGUGUUGUGGUGGCCAACGACGUGGACGAGAAGCGGUGCUACAUGCUGGUGCAUCAGAUGAAGCGCUUGGCCAGCCCCUGCGGCAUGGUCACCAACUUCCCCGCCCAGUCCUUCCCGCGUCUCACCCUCACCUCGAACUCCUCUGCCGGAGAGCGCGAUCUGGCAUUCGACCGUAUUCUGGCCGACGUGCCGUGCAGCGGUGACGGCACUCUGCGUAAGAACAUCGAUCUGUGGCGCAAGUGGCACCCCAACCUUGCCAAUGGCAUUCACACGCUGCAAUUGCGCAUUGCCACGCGUGGUGCGCAUCUGCUCAAGAUUGGCGGACGCAUGGUCUAUUCCACAUGUUCGCUCAACCCCGUCGAGAACGAGGCCGUCGUCGCUGCGCUCCUCAACCGUGCGCAGGGCGCGCUCGAGCUGGUCGACGUCUCUGAUCAGCUGCCCGAGCUCAAGCGUCGGCCUGGACUUACCACGUGGGAGGUGUUCGACAUGAACAAGCCGCGAAAGCGAAACAAGGCCGAAGAGGAGGCAGAGAUCAAGUGGGCUCCCGGCUGGUACUCGGCACACGACGCCCUGCCGGGCCGAAGCAAAAAGUUCAUCCACGCCUCGUGCUUCCCGCCCGCCAACGCCAAGGAUCUCCACCUCGAGCGAUGCGUGCGUGACCAGAACACGGGCGGAUUCUUCGUCUCGGUGAUCCAGAAGGUGGCCGAGAUGCCUCACGGCAAGCCGCCCGCCGCCGCAGAAGGCGAGACCGAGGGCAAGAAGAAGGGCAACGGCGACGACGAAGACGACGACGACAUGCAGAUCGUGGUCGAUCCGCAGCUCAAGUUCCUCGUCAAGGAGCUGGUCGGCAAGGAGAUGCGCGGCGACACGCCCGCCGAUGGCGCGGCCGCCGCCGGGGAGGGCGAAGAAGGCGAGGCCGCUCAGGAUUCGUCGUCGUCGACGCGAAGGAGCCGGGGUGGAAAGAAGUGGGGCAAGGAGGAGCCCUUCCUCCCGCUCACCGGCGUCAUGCUCUCCGAGUGGCAAGCUGCCAAGGAGUACUACGGUGUGAAGGACGAGUUCCCCGAGUCCCAGCUGAUGGUGCGAGCCGAGGCGGCCCUCUCCAUCUACCUGGUCUCCGAUGGCGUGAAGGACAUCCUCUUCAACUGCAAGGACGGACUCCGACGAGUACAGCCUCCCUCCUCGCCUCCCACGCUCCUGCGCGUGCCGCUCACACCACGACAUUUCCUUCGCCAGACUAUCAACACCGGAGUGGCAGUGCUCAAGAAGCACGCCCCGCCCAACAUUGGCUGCCGCUACCGCCCCAGCCAAGAGGGUCUGUCGGUGUUGUCCCCCUUCAUGGGCAAGCGCAUCGUGAAGCUGACCAAGGACGAGUUCCUGCUCCUCGUCAAGCAGCGAUCACCGCCCGUCACCUCCUUCCUCGAGCCCACCCAGCAGGCGCUCGGCGCCCUCGACAACGGCGGAUGCGUCUUCGAGGUUCACCUGCCCGAACUCAACCAUACGGUCGAGGUGGCCGCGUGGAAGGCCGGUCGCUGCGCGCAGCUGUUCCUGAACGAUCAGGACAAGGCGGCCGUGCUCGCCCUCCUCCUCACUCACGAGGAGGACCACCCAGCCGUCGACGCCCCCAGCGCCGCCACGCCUGCGACCACCGACGAGACCGAGACCAAGGACAAGGAGAAGGAGAAGGAGAUGGAGCAGUAG